AUGUCUUCACACGACAAUCCAGCUCCUUCUCUGCCUCCAGGGGAGCCGGUCAUCGGCGGCCGCAAUCCUGAUCCCCCCCUGAGCGAGUCCAGCCCAACAAUGGACACAGGCCCGUCCACGGUCUACUACCUCGGCUACCCGCAGACGGAGGCCCAUCGCGCAGACCCGGCCAAGUUCGCGCUCGACACGGUCCAGGGUCCCCCCGGCUUCACGCACACGCUGGGCCUGCUGGAGCUGUGUCAUCUGCACGGGUCAGAGGACGAGAGCAAAGAAUUCCACAUCGCCAACGGGAACAUUCCCCCGCAUCUCGGCUUCGGACAUCUCGGCUUCACGGUCCCCGAUGUAUCUGCCACGGUGGAGCGGUUGCGCCAGGCGGGCGUCAGGAUCGUCAAGGAGCUGGGCGUCGUGAUCAAGGAGACGGUACAGAUCGGUUCCUGGGAGAGUGACCAGUUGGGCAUUGCCCAAAAGGAGCUGCAUCCGAAUUACGUCCGUGUUGCUGAGAAGAUGGCUUAUGUGGAGGAUCCGGGCAAGGGCGAGGCUGCCGGUCUCGUGCUCGCUUCCAAUGCCUGUUUAUCUCUAGCUUCUUUUGUUUAUGCUGAUAUACGGAUGGCUAUCACAUUCGCUGCCCGUGCGGGGUCUUUCAGACGCUCUGGCCAUAUGUACUGUACAUGUACUCUUCGCAAAGUCACAUAUUCGAGUUACACACUACACGUCAUGGUAGUCCCCGCAUAUUUCGGCUGGUCCUCCGGCGACAUCGCCCUAACUAUCAAGCUGCUCCUCAAACUGCGCGAAGCCUUCAGCAAGACAACCGGCGCGUCCGCCCAGUUCGCAGAGGCAGCCAGCUUCCUGGAAGGAUUCAAGGUCACUCUGACCCGGCUGCAGGCGUACGUCGCCACCAGCAGCAACACAGAGAGCCAGUACUCGAAGGAUAUCGAGCAGCAGUUAGUUACGUCGCAUUCAACCCCCGUUUGCGUCCUUCGUCGAGUACCUCGGCAACGGGCGCUGCACGAGCUGUCGGAAUUAGCGGGCAAGAUCGCCCAGCUUAAGAAGGCUGUUUACGAGCCGCUGGUGUUGUCUUGCAAAGUCGACAUCCGACUACUCUCUGUCCGCGGACUCGGACACAAUCGUUCGAGCCAUCAACGACGAGGAAUACCAACGCAGCUGAAGUUGCAGAUCGAGAAGCUGCAGCAGAUGGCAGAGGAGCAGAAGCAGAUCAGCCGACAGACACGCGACACCGUCAUCCAGGGCAGCGAAGAGCUGAUCAAAGCCCAGUCGCAGAAGACCGCAGAACUCCUCGACGCGAUUCGCCGAUUGCACGACCACUUGGGUGAGAUUGUAAAUGCCAUCGGGCGCGACGACCUCCAGACCAGCCUCCGGCACCGGCUCGAAGAGCUGUCGCAGGCGUUGCAGGCGAUGCAGACGUCGACUGCGCAGUCGUUGCAAGAGCUCGAUUCGCUGAUCGAAAACAACAGAAGACAACCGUCUUGGGCAUACCGUGUUGUCGCCGAACUUGGCCGGAGUGUCAUGGCAAGUAGCAUGACGUUCGUGGCCUGGAUCUUUGCCAGACCCCCAAGCUCUGGUGGAUAUCCUGAUGAUGAUGACGACGACGAUGAUGAUUGA